AUGAAAAUUUCGAUUUUAUUGUCUCUAUUAGUUUUAGGAUGCCUAACAAUGGACUUUGAUCAAUAGAUUGAAGAAUUAUAAAACUCUAAGUUUGGAUAAACAAUUCUUCAAACUAUUAUGAUGGAGCUACAAACUGAAGACCCAGUUGUGUCUAAUCUUAUUAAUAUGGUAUAAGGUAUUGAGACAACACUUGAAAAUGAAUAAUAAAGAGAUGAUGAUCGUAUAGUUAGGAUAAGAUAGAAUUGUGAUAUAGAUAUCACAACCCUUAAUAAUUAAAUUAAUCAGAAUACUAUUGCAUCUCUUGGUCUUAAGAGUCAACUUGAUUCCUUGAAUCCAUAGAAAGUUUAGGCUGUUGCUAGUUUGGAAAGAAAAAAUAAUGAAAUUACAGAUCUCAAGGCUGAGUUGCAAUAUUAAUCUCAUAAAAGGGAAACUGAGACUGCAGCCUAUGAAACUAUUUUAGAUAAUUUAGAAUAAGCUUUAUUUGGAGUUAAUUAAGUGAAGGGAUAUUUCAAUAGUUACUUAGAUAUUCUUGUCAAAAAUAGAAAAAGAUUUGAAAAACCAUCAUUUUUAGAAGAAUCAUAUAGUUUUAAAUAUGAAGAAUCAGUAUAAGAUGAUUCUGAAUCAAGAUCAUUAACCUCUUUAGCUUAAGUUGCUUAAAAAGUCAACAAAAUUAAACAUCAUGUAUAUAUCAUUAAAUUAUAUUAUAGGUUUAAUUAGAAGGAUAUGCCAGUAUGCUUGAAAUAAUGAGUGAAUUAGCAUCUAAAGCUGCAGAUGAACCUUCAUAGGCUGAAGUCUUAACAAGAAAAGUUCUUUCAGUAUUGAAAUAAAUAGAAAAUUACAUUCAAUCUGAAAGAAUAAGAGAGGAUUAAGCAGAAGCUCUUAGAUAAAGUAAUUUUGAUCUUCUUAAUACUCUUUUAUCUGAUUAACUUGUAUAAGCUAAUUAAGAUAAGACAUAUAUGGAAGGUAUAAAAAUAUUUUAUUAAUUAUAGGUUUGGUUGCUUCUUUGUCUACUAAAAUUACCUAAGGAACAAAUGAGAAAUUUGAAGUAGAUCAGAAAGUAGCAAUAAAAACAAAAGAACUUGAAAAUAGAAAAACUGAUUGCAGACUUAAAAAUAAUGAAUAUGAAACUGAUACUUAAAAUAGGUAAUUAAAUUAAAAUAAAUUAGAAUCAAAUAAAAAAGAGUAGUUGUUGUAGCAGUUGAUUUAAUUUCAUCUAAAUUGGGUUAGCUUAAGCGUAAAUUGCUUGAAAAUUGAA